AUGUGUCUUACGUGGAUUGUUCACCUGGCUCCCGCUUCCACCUUCUUAGCAAAGGCAGUGGUCUGCUACAUUGGUGCCGAGACCCGGGAUCUGGAGGAAGGAUGUGCUGUCAUGGAGUUCUCGCCGCUGAUUGAAGAUUGCGCCGCUGAGAGAGUGCUCGAUCCGGUGGCGCUGGAGCAGCACAUCAGCCGGCGACCGAAAGGGAUGGCUGAGGGGGUCCAGUGCCAUCGCCCGGCAUCGCUAUCUUCAGUUAACGGUGAGGACUCCAUGACAGCGCAUCCUUCCUCCAGAUCCCUGGUCUUGGCAUUAAUGUGGCAGACCUCUGCCUUUUCUAAGAAGGAGAAAGCGGGAGCCGGUAUCUGUCCUCAGAAAGAACUGGAUGCCACUGCCACAGUCCUGGCCAACAGACAGGAUGAAAGUGAGCAGUCCAGGAAAAAACUCAUCGACCAAAGCCGUGAGUUCAAGAAGAGUACUCCAGAGGAUUUGCGUAAACAGAUAGCUCCUUUGCUGAAGGGCUUCCAAGCUGAGAUUGACGCCUUGAGUAAAAGAAGUAAAGAAUCAGAGGCUGCUUUCCUCAACGUGUACAAGAGAUUAGUCGAUGUCCCAGAUCCUGUCUCAGCUCUGGAUGCAGCUCAGCAGCUCCAGGUGACUGUACGGAAGAUGCACGACUUAGAGACAGAAAAUCAGAGGCUCAAAGACACACUACAAGAGUACGAACGCGAGAUUGCAGAGGUUAAAAACCAAGAAGGCACUAUUAAAGCACUUAAAGAGAAACUGGAGCAGUAUGAGCGUUCUCUGCAGGCCAAGAACACAGAGGAACCUCCUGAUCAGAACCAGGACCGAACAGAAAGAGAGGAGAGAGAGGACAAAGGGGAAAAUCGUCCUAACAACUAUGCAGACAAGGAGAGUCAGCCACAGGAGAGCCAGAACAGCAGGACAGAGGACUUGGACAUAAAAACGCAGACUUUACAAACAGCACUUGAAGCAACUCAGGCAGAACUCCACGUACUGAAGACAAAAUAUGAUGAAGAAUCCACAGAAAAGGCCAAUGAGAUUGAGGCGGUGAUGACAGAUUUGGAACGAGCCAAUCAGAGGGCUGAGGUAGCAGAGAGGGAGGCUGUGAGUCUGAGAGAGCAGCUCACUUCAGCCAGCAAGACCCUCCAACCAACCAAUCAGAUCCGGAAAACAUCGGAUACGGAGAAGUCUCUGGAGGGGCUGUCUGGAGGCAGUCUGGAGGCAGAACUGUGUGUGAAAGAGAGGGAGGUGGAUCGCUUGGCCGAGGACGUUCAGAGACUCCAGGCCAGUCUGGCCCAGCUCAGCGAGACCUCCACCAAUCAGAUCAGCCAGCUCGAGCAGCAGCUGAGCUCCAAAGAGGCCCUGCUAAAGCAACUUGAUGAAAAGCUUCAAGAUCAGUCAGACUAUGAGGAGAUCAAACGAGAGCUCUGCACCCUGAAAUCUUUGGAGCACAAUUCAUCAGAUCACUCUUCAGUACAGGACUCUUCCAAGCCGUUAGAGAUGUUGCUGAUGGGGAAAGACCACAGCCAGCUGUCAGACAGCGCUUUGAAACGACUGGCCAAUAGUGGAGCAUUGGGACGGAAAAGUAAAGAAAACCCUCAGCGUCUUCCUGCCACUCCGGUCCCCACCACGCUCCAGGGGUCUCCUCCUCCCCCCUCCCCUCAGUUGUUGAUGAGGACGGGCACCGCUACCUCCGAAUCUGCUGCCAGUGCAAACGGUACCCACCCCUUCUCCCCCACAGGCAUGGGGCCAGAUUUCUUCACUCCAGGCAUGGCCAGCGUGGGUGCCACGUUCCCCCCGCUGGCUGGUAAAAUGGCACUCAACUCCCUCCUUCAGAGGCAGCUCAUGCAAUCCAUCUACACCAAAGCCCUCCAAGACCCCUCUCCCAGUUCCGUGCUGUUCGGGCCGCCUCAUUAUGCUACAACCAACUCUCUCUCCAGCCCCCUACCGCCUCAGUCAGCAGGCAGCCCGGAGGUCAAUGGUAUGUCACCUUCUCCCAGCCAAUCAGAGGGCACGGGCAGCACAUCGGAAGGCGAGGAAAUGGACACGGCUGAGAUCGCCCGACAGGUCAAGGAACAGCUGAUCAAACAUAAUAUUGGCCAGCGGGUGUUUGGUCAUUAUGUUCUGGGUCUGUCCCAAGGCUCGGUUAGUGAGAUUUUAGCCCGGCCCAAACCCUGGAGCAAGCUAACCAUCCGCGGCAAAGAGCCCUUUCAUAAGAUGAAGCUCUUCCUGUCUGAUGAGCAGAACAUACUGGCGCUGAGGAGCAUCCAGGGCAGGCAGAGAGAGAAUCCAGGCCAGAACCUGAACAGAGUGUUUCAGGAUGUUCCGAAGCGAAGAACCGGCUUGGAAGGCUCCACACGGCCAGGUAACAUCACCACACGCAUCCGCACACCUGAGACAGGCUCAGAUGAGGCUAUAAAGUCCAUCUUGGAGCAGGCCAAGAGAGAGUUGCAAGUGCAGAAAGCAGACGGCGUGGGGGAGAGGCAACGACGAUCAGGUUACCACAGAGGGUCGGGCAGCUAUUUCCAAAUAUAUGCACAGAGUCUAAGACUUGCCGAAAGUGCGCAACCUCCGCCCUCCUCCAGCAACUCUGACGAAAACAUUCGCUCCAUCCUCGAGCAGGCUCGGAGAGAGAUGGAGGCCCAGCAGGUGGCCCUGGAGCCCGUACUGAAGGCCAGCUCCAUGGCCCCGACCGAUCUCUCCCUCCUGGGCUCCAAGCUCUUGAGUUCCCCGCUAUCCACCCUCUCCUACACUCCUAUUGCUCAGUCUCUGAAGAAGCCCUCCACUUCCCCUCUCCUGGACUUCCACCCCGGGGUGAAGAAGGAGAUGGGUGAGGUAGCUGUGUCAGAAAUGGGGCUGGAUGGAGGGGUCAAGCUCGGUCGUCUCUCUGAGAGUGGAGGAGGUGUUGGUGGAGGUUCUUGGAGGGAGCACUGGUGGAGCUCUGGAUUAUCUGAACGCCGUGUAACCGGGCAGCACUCUGUAAGCGAAGACACCCACAGUCAUGAAGAUAGCAAGGAGAAGCUCCCUCGACUGGGGAGCACUGCGCCCAUGGCUCCUGCCUCGUCCCUGGAUUAUUGGAAGGACUGGCCCAGCUCAGAGUCGCCCUACUCCCAGAGCUCAGAGCUCAGUCUGCAUAUGCCCAGUGGCAGCGAGACCCCUCAGAGCAGCCCACUGCCCUCCUCCUCACCUUUACUGUCCCUCCCCAAAGUCGCCAAACCUGUGGUGGCCCCGCUCACACCUGAACAGUAUGAGUACUACAUGUACCAAGAAGUGGACACUGUGGAUCUCACGCAGCAGGUCAAAGACAAGCUGGCCAAGAAUGGCAUCUGUCAGCGGAUCUUUGGAGAAAAGGUGCUGGGCCUCUCUCAGGGGAGUGUAAGUGACAUGCUCUCUCGGCCGAAGCACUGGAGCAAGCUCACACAGAAAGGAAGAGAGCCGUUUAUCCGCAUGCAGUUAUGGCUGAACGGAGAGCUGGGUCAGGCUUUGCUGCCUAUGACCGGACAGACACAAGAGAUUACCCCGAAGACCUCGGCCAGCUGUAGUCCUGCCCCAGAAUCCCCUCUCAGUUCGGCAGAGGAGUCUGUUAAAAGCCAGCACGAGGAGCAGAUGUGCCAAGUGUCCAUCCAGGAGGCAAGCGAGACUUCUGAGUCGCAGCCCGGCACGCCUCUACCGUUACCUAUACCAGGACACGCGGGCCUCAGCAUUCAAGAGAUGGUGGCCAUGUCGCCGGAGCUGGACACCUACACUAUCACCAAGAAAGUGAAAGAAGUUCUCACAGAUAACAACCUCGGUCAGCGUCUGUUCGGGGAGAGCAUCCUUGGUUUAACGCAGGGGUCUGUGUCUGAUCUGCUGGCCCGGCCCAAACCCUGGCACAAGCUCAGCUUGAAGGGCAGAGAGCCAUUUGUGCGGAUGCAGCUCUGGCUCAGUGACCCGCGGAACGUGGAGAAACUCAUGGACAUGAAACGGAUGGAAAAGAAAGCUUACAUGAAGCGGCGCCACAGCUCCAUUGGUGAGAGUCAUUCACUGGAUAGCGCUCUGUCAGGAAGUGACCUCACUCAGGGAGCCAGUCCCCAGCACCUCUCCCAGCUGCAACCACCGCAGCAGCAGCAGCAGCAGCCGCCGCCGCCGCAGCAGCCCCAGCUGAAGAAGCCUCGCGUGGUUCUGGCUCCAGAAGAGAAGGAAGCUCUGAAGAGAGCCUAUCAACAGAAGCCUUACCCCUCACCUAAAACCAUCGAGGAGUUAGCGAGCCAACUCAACCUCAAAACCAGCACUGUCAUCAACUGGUUUCACAACUACAGGUCUCGAAUCCGGCGAGAGCUUUUUAUUGAGGAGAUCCAGGCGGCUGCUGGAGAAGGUGGAUCCCCUUCAACACGGCCCGGGGGGAAAUCCGGUGGUGAUGGAGAAAACAGCUGCGAUGGCACAGAGUCCGACAGCACCGCGGAGGGUAGACCAAGCGGCUCCUCCGGCUCAGAUGAGCGCAAGGGCCUAUUAGAGAGCCCCGGCCUUAGCCACAGAGAGGAAGAGAGCGAGACAGAGUUCCCCAGCGCAUCGGGCAACAUCAGGCCAAGAGCCGGCAUAAUAGACAGCCUGUUCGGCAUUCCGGAGUCCAUAUCAGUGACGUCCACCGCCGUAACCCCUUUGCGAAACCCCAAGGACAACAGUCUGCGCAAGAAAAAGGCAGCCAACCUCAACAACAUCAUCCACCGGCUGGAGAAAGCAGCAAAUCGCGAUGAACCUCAUGAAUGGGAGUUCUAAAAGGCUUCGUGUUGUUUUAUUUUAAUUAUGUCCUUCACUGAGCUUACCUGGCCAAGCCUGGUGCACACACACCACCGGUAAACCCAAGGGUUUUCCAUUUGCUGUUAAAAAGUGGGCUAUCAUGGACAGGACAAGAAAAGAAAAAAAAGAAAUGAGUUUUAGCCUGUUUUUUUGUUUUUGUGAAGCACUUAAAGGCUCUGCUGGCCACAGGGCUGUAACACCAUUGGCUAAUGGUGAAUAAAAGACAAAAAACUGAAAAGCACAGGAGAAGGAAGCGUUCCCACAAAAUAUUCUCAAGACUGGCGACAGUCACAAAAAUAUAUAUAUAUAAACACACACUAUAUCACAUUGUCUUUCUCUCUCUAAUAGAGGCGUUCUCAACAAAAAGCUGAAUAACUGUUACAAUAAUUUAUCAGUUUUCGAGACUUUUGGGAGUUUCUUCUUUGUAUCACGUAUGCUUCGGCCUGUCAGCAGAGACUAGUUCAAACCGGUUUCAAACCAAAAGUCAAGCAUUUUAAAGCAAGCGUUGGCUGAAGGAACACAGACUAACCCGUCCCACCCGCCUCACCCUCCCUACCCCAAGGAGGCCAUCCAAUGGCUAUGCAACUCUAGUACGCAAUGGAUUCCACUAUUUUGGAACCAGCAUUAUUUUCACAGUUCGGAAACUUCUCUUAGGAGAGAAGAAAAUCCUUUUUAUAGCAAUUAAGUUGCCACCAAGAGAUUGCACAGUCAGUUGACUCUAAACAGCACUCAUUUUGGUUUUACACACCUUUUGGUGUGCCAAUAGCCUAAAACAAAUAAAAUAAUCACAAUAUCUAUCCGAAAUACUCGUAAUUAAGUAUCCAUGUAAUCACAUGAAACUCAUAUUAACUAUUGUUGUUAGGUCGACAAAAAGGUCCUAAUGGUGGGAGAAAGGAGAAAUUUCGUACUAGCUAACUUGAUAGCUAAAGUGAUAGCUAAGUGUCAAUUUUUAUCGUUAUUUAGGUCUCCUGUAAGGGUAGCGUUUGUUUAUUUUUCCAUAGCUUUAAUCUCCUCCUCGGCUUACAUUUUUAAGCUCGUUGGAGGACUUGUUUAAUAAAAUUCAUUUUAGGCCAAAACAAAGACAGAAAUAGUGAAAAAAGGAUUUGUACAGUACUUUGAGUAAAUAUUCCUUGGCGAGAUAUUUUUAAAGAGAAUGAGCAAGCCUGAUUUUUAUCCUCUUAUAAUAGAACCAUACAUCAGAGACCUCUAACCACGUCGGGCGGUUUGGCCCAUAGAAUUCAAAUUCAAAUCCAAAAUCUAUUAAAUUCUAAUUCUAUGGUGUGGCCGUUGGCCACUGCACUGUAUGGGCUGUUCCUCCGUACCAGGGUAACGGACGCUGAGUGUGCUGGAAAACCAGCCUACCACUCGCUCUAGUGCAAACUCUAAACUACUUCAGGUUUUUCCACCAGCUUCUCCAUUCACUGUUCACCCAAUACAAUGUUUUUCAUGGUGUCCUGAACAAACCUCGUCCCAGACUUAACCAUGUAUAUUCACGGCACACAUUUAUCCUCCAAAUGACUGAAAAACAUGACCAAUUUCAUGUUACACCUUGAGCGAAAUGGACAUAUUUUGUUUUUGUUGUUUGUUUCUUUAUAUUACGGAGGACUGUUGAGACUUUUUCAUCCAUACUUCUUGUUAUCAUUUAAGGGGCUGUUCAGGCCGAACACGUUCUUGCGUAAAAAAAAAAAAAAAAACCCCAGCAAGACCCAGCGUAGAAAAUGUAAAAGAGUUCAGGUGUCUCGAGACUAUUAACGUGACCCAACGUCUGGAAGUCGUUUGUGCAUGACGCAAAAAAAAAAGAUAUGUGACAUGACACAAUGGUCAAGGACGUCCGUUAAGCGGAUGCUUACAUUGAAAAUCAACGGAAAACAGCGCAGAAGAACGCAAAAUUACGUUCUGUGUGAACAGCCCCAAACACAUAAAGUACGAGAAAAUGUGUAGUUUAUGAAUGAAAAGCUCAACAAUUAACAUUAGUACCUAAAGGUGAAUCUGAAGUGUCGCUCAACACAUGAAGACCCGCCCUCACACAGGUCAGAGGACGCAACAAAGACUUGCAUUUAACCCAGCUGUCAGCACACCUCUGCAGAAACGUUUUUUCUCUACCGUCACCUUUCACCUCCGGCCCUGGUGUCUAAUUGUUUGCAGAUGAUUUUGUGAAACGUGCUUCUGAGAGAAACCGCAGAUGGUGGUGCCACACGCUCGUCCAUACAAACCAGAGUGUGAGGGUGUUUGUGUGUGUGUGACUGUUGACAAGAGCGAUCUAUAUUUGUAUAUUACUACUACUGCUUGCCACAGGCAGUGCAAGCAAACACCUCCUCACGCCCCUAAGCUAUUUAGCAGUCCUGCAUCAUAUCACAUAGUACAUUUUAAGUUCUUUUUAUUUACACGCAUAAGAAAAACUAAUGGUAGAUUCUUUUUCUUUUUUUUUUUUCUUUUUUUGUUUGUUUGUUUGUUGGUGUGGUUUGCUUAUUUAUAGAUGCUGUCUUUUACACAUUGAUGUCUUUUAUUGUUAUAUGUGUUUUUUGUAAUGGAAGGGACUGUAAAAGGUCAGGUUACAUAUUUUUAGACUAAUAGACUGCCGGCAGUAUUGGAUUACAUUUAAAUGAUGUACUUUUGAUACAUGUCUAUUGAUUAAUUCUGAAGAUUAUCAUUUUAUUUUAUUUUUAAUUCAUAUAUAUUUUACUCUGUCAGUGAGCUGGAUGAACACAGUUACUACGUUGACAAAGGAAGCAGAACUAUAUGUAUUGCAUUAAUGAAUUUAAGUAGUAAGCAUUUAGAUGUUUUAACACGAGAAAUCUUUAAAGAUGGCAAUUCAAGAUGAAUUGUGUUUGGCUAUUUUCUCUCUACAGUUAAUUAGGUUUUCAGGGAAAUAACCUGCGAACGAUCUGAGAUUACAUUUAUUAUCGCAAUCAAGCUUAGUUGCUACAAUGAGCCAGUGAACAACUGGUAGUUAACGUCACUGAAAUUAGCUGUCGCUUUGAGCUGCACCUUGA